UCACCUCGUUGAACUGCUGCCACCAUCAUAUGACAUAUGUCAGCUGACCUCCCAAUCUAAUUCGGUGUUCACUCCUUCAUUUUUCGAGCAGAAAUAAAAACUACAGAAAAGGCGUAAAACAUGUCUGGAAAGGAUAGAUUAGCCAUUUUCCCAUCUCGAGGUGCUCAGAUGUUAAUGAAAGCCCGUCUCCAGGGCGCACAGAAAGGACAUGGCUUGCUGAAGAAGAAAGCUGACGCCUUGCAGAUGAGAUUCCGUCAGAUUUUGGGCAAAAUUAUUGAGACAAAAACUUUGAUGGGCGAGGUCAUGAAGGAAGCUGCCUUCUCUUUGGCUGAAGCUAAGUUCGCCACGGGAGAUUUCAACCAAGUAGUCCUCCAGAACGUGACCAAGGCGCAGAUCAAGAUCCGCACAAAGAAAGACAACGUCGCUGGUGUCACACUCCCCGUGUUCGAGUCGUACCAGGACGGAACCGACACCUACGAACUGGCUGGCUUGGCUCGUGGUGGUCAACAGUUGGCCAAGUUGAAGAAGAACUAUCAAAGCGCCGUGAAAUUGCUCGUGGAAUUGGCCUCGCUGCAGACUUCAUUCGUGACUCUCGAUGAAGUCAUCAAAAUCACGAAUAGGAGAGUGAAUGCCAUCGAGCACGUCAUCAUCCCACGUAUCGACCGUACCCUUCAGUACAUCGUGUCCGAGCUCGACGAAUUGGAGCGUGAGGAGUUCUACCGCCUCAAGAAGAUCCAGGACAAGAAACGCAUUGCCAGGAAGAAGGCGGAACUACUCAAAGAAGAGCUGCUGGCGAAGGGCAUCGAUAUUCGCGACCAAGCCAACAUCCUGGACGAGGGAGACGACGAUGUAUUGUUCUAAGUGUUUUUGUUAAGUUGUUAGUUCACAAGUUUAGAUGGUCUUCCUCCUCUCACCCCUGGGGAGCAAGGGGAAGAACACUCUAAAGAGUUAUUGUUUUCCGCAUAGUUAAAAACUACCCCCAGACGGCAAUUGCAACGUAGUUGGAAUUGGUCGCUGUCCUUGAACCAGUAUUUUCGAUUGUUUCGUAUUUAGUUUUUCGUUUGAAAAAUUCUUUGCAGUUUUGUUUACUUUUGUUUGUUCGAGAACGAGCGUGUCCCUUUGUAACGUUACGUUUCUCCUUAGACUUUAUUGGCUGAACCCCUUCGAAGUCUAACUCACAAAUUUUGAAGAAAAUUACAGGAAGGAGGGUCGCCUUCGCUCGAUUCUGUUUUACUCUCAUUUUGGAAGAUGGCAAGUGAACAAUAAUUGUUAAUUGCGUGUAUUCGUAAAUAUUAUUCGGUAAUAAACAACAAAAAUAGAAAAUACUAAGGUAAACCAAAUAUAUUACAUUCCGCGCCUAA